AUGGGCGGGGUCAAACCUGGCAUGCAGUACUCCGCUGCUUACGUAGCGGCUCCUACAGGCACGCUCACCGCCAUCCGCAUCGGCGCCACGACCACGGUCGGUGACUGCGUCAAAGCCUUCCUCCUCCCCACACGACGAAACCUUGAGCUAUUCCAGCUUGAUGGUGGCCGCCUUCGCCAGCCCAAGGAAGAAUCGUACGAUGGAGGACUGCUGGCGAUUGUGGAUUCCGCAGUCGCAUUGCGCAUCCCGGAUGCGCUCUUCACGCUGUCAUUGCCAUCUCUGGUGGCUUCCUGGUGGGCCAUGCAAACAGCCACUCCGGCACCAUCGUCCCCAUGGCACGAGCUCGAUACGACCGCCGCCGACGGGAUUCCACAAGCAAGGAACCUACUCACCACCAUUUUUUGCCUUGUAAGACCACUGGAAAAAGUGCUCAGUGCCCGAACGGACAAGUGA